CCACAUGACUUGACUCACAGAUCCUCUUUUGUCCACAGGCAGUUGUCUUAGGAGAGAGAAGAAAGCUUUCAGAUGCUGUGUCAAUUCAGGAACUCAGUAGAACAAUGGAAUACCAAUCUUCGGUAGAAAAUUUGGAUGAAGAUGGAUAUACUCAAUUAGACUUCAGCUCUCGCAACAUCACCAGGAGAUCUGUAGUCUCAGAGAAAGGACUUUGUGCUGUAUCCUCUCAUUGCCAUCUGAUUGCUGUGACUCUGGGCAUUUUAUGCUCAGUGAUGCUGGUGAUAAUUGUGGUCCUGAGUACCUCAGGUAUUUGGAGAUCCAGUUCAGGGAACAACCUGUUGAAGAGUGACAGCAUUCCAUCAAGAAAUAAAGACAACCAGAGUCAACCCACACAAUCAUCUUUAGAAGACAGUGUGAUACCUACCAAGGCUCUCAGGACCACAGGAGUUUUCUCUAGCUCUUGUCCCCCUAACUGGAUCACACAUGAGGACAGCUGUUAUCUAUUUAGCACACCAUUAGAUUCCUGGGAUGGAAGUAAAAGACGAUGCUUUCAACUGGGCUCUAAUCUCCUGAAGAUAGACAGCUCAAAAGAGUUGGAAUUUAUAUCAAGGCAAGUGUCUUCCCAACCUGAUCAUUCAUUCUGGAUAGGGCUUUCUCGCCGUUGGACAGAAGAACCGUGGCUCUGGGAGGAUGGCUCCACCUUGUUGUCUAACCUGUUUCAAAUCAGAAGCACAGUUACCGAAAAAGACUCAUCUCACAACUGUGUAUGGAUCCAUGUGUCAGACAUUUACGACCAGCUCUGUAGUGUGCAUUCAUACAGUAUUUGUGAGAAGAAGUUGUCAGUAUAAUGGUAGAGGAUCAGAGAGAAGUAUGUAAGAUAUUAAGGAGGGUAUAAAUCCAAAGAGAAAAGAGAUAUAUUUGAGGUCAAAAUAAUUGCUGAAAAAAAUAUCAAGAGAGCUCAGCCAACUUUAAUCUUAGCUGAGAAACAGGAUGGAAGGCUGUGAUUUCCAUACUCCCCAAGUCUAUUGGGUAAUCAGUAUUGUGUUCUAAUUAUUAAAGUCCUAGAAAUAGAGUCAGAACACCUGACCUUGAAUUUUCAUUCUAUCAAUAGUAAUUUUCAUUCUGCCAUUCUAUUUAUCUGGGAUUAGCUGUGAAUUCUUGGUGUUUCAGGACAUCUUAAUUUCUGACUAUACCAGAGUUGUAUUUUGUUCUAAAAACUGCCACUGGAGUUCAUAUGGUGUGUUUCACUACUUAUUCUUCCACUUUUAGCAGUGUAUCAGACACAGAUAGCAAUAUAUUUUGAAUAGCUAAGUGAAAAAGAGGAAAAAAAAUGCUUUACUAAAAUCAGAACCUUUUUGUCAUUUUAUUCAUCAAUAUGGUCAUGAUUAUGAUCAAAAGCAUCUUAAAAACCACCAAUUGCAUCUUUUUUUCCUUUAAUUAAAUAACCAAGAGAACAUGUCUGCCAUAUCGCUAAGAGAAUCUUGUAUAACGUGAAAUUAUAGGGAAUCUACUUUGGUAAGAAACAUUUCUCUUUUUAAAUACUAUCAAUCAAAAAAAGAUCUGAUUAAUAAAUAUAAAAACGUAACCUGUCCUAUUGGCUAAGGUAUUAACAUUUUGUAAUGCAAAACAUGUUUUAUUAUUUCUAUGAUGACUGUUUGGCAGUUUUCAGCAAUUCCUCAGAAAUUACUGUAAAAGGUAUUAUUGGAACCUAAAUAAGUUUCCUUAUGUGA